AUGGAUCUUGCGUGGCCGAUAAAGAUCAAGACUUUCUUUGUAGGGAAUGAGACUGAAGCCAAGAUGUCCCCAAAAACCUUUGUUUUAAACAAUGCAGGUGUCUACUUUAUUUUCUGUGACCCAGAGCUGAGUCACACAAUCAUCAGAGGGACAACUGUUUGGAAAAACCCGCAUGGUUAUUUACCAGCAAAGUUGCCUCCUCUGAGAGUAUUAUAUGGCUUCAUGUCCCUAGGCUAUUACUUGCUAGGUCUAGUCUGGUUUCGCCUUGUCAGGAAGGAUAUAAAAGCCACAACUAAGAUUCACUGGAAUUUGAGAUUGGUUCUUAUUCUUAGCGUGUGUGAGAUGACUGGUUACUUCUUUGAAUAUGCUAUUUUAAACUCUACUGGGAGACGGCCAAUGAAACUGACUUGGUGGGAUGUCCGUUGCACUUUCAUCAACAGCAUUGGAAGUUUGCUUCGUUCUCUGGAUUUCUCAUCCUUGGCGAGAAAUCUUGAUAAACUUCAGAUUAAGAUGAACAUGGCUAAACAUCAGCUUUAUGCUAUGUAUGUUCUUUCUAUUGUAUGGAUUGGUUUCGAGUGCGAUUUGCUAUUUGGUGUUCUGUUGGCUGAAGCUUUUGAAAAAGCUAGUUAA